AUGAUAUUUUAUUUACUAUUUAUUAAUUUUGUUUUAAUUUAUUCUAAAUGCUUUGUAAUUUCUGGGGACAACAUUGAUGAUGACGAUUUUAAUGAGUUUAUGAACAAUUUAGCUCCUUUAGACGGGGCUAAUUUGGAAUUGACAACUAAUAAUAAUUCGGGGUCCAAUACUCCUUACCAAAAUCAAGAAGAACCGCCACAAUACCACCACACAACGUCUCUAAAUACUCCAAUUCAAACACAAAAUUUACCUGCAAGCCCGACACAAUAUUUUCAUCAAGAUAGAGGUGAAGGAGGGUCAUCUUCAAUUACUCCAGCAGAGAAAAACAAAGAAAUUCGAAACAAGGGUGUUUUGGUCACAAAAGAUAUGAUUAUUCAGAGGGAGACAGAAAAAACGAAAAAUAAACAAGUAUCGGACUAUACGGAGGUUGAGAAAUCAAAUAUGGAAAAAUUGGCUAUAUAUGUUCAAUUAGUUGAUGUUGAUAAGCUUGAAAUGAAGAAUAUUGACAAAGCUUUCGCAUUAAAUUAUCGAGAAGUAACCGGUAGUUGUUUUAUAAUGUAA